AUGAAUGCUGCAAAUGUAGAGUUGACUCAGGUUGUUAGUCAGAUGUCUGGACCUCCUAUCUUAAGUGUAUCCGAUGAUUUGUUACAAACUCCUAGAAUGACAAUUGAGGGUCUCAUUGAAUCUACCCAAAAAUGUUAUGGCUCUGUGUUGGCUUGGGCAUGUGAGUUUGAUAUGGAAGCUGGGUGGUUCUACCAGGCUUGCACUAAAUGUGCUUCUAGGAUCAAUUUUGUUUCAGGGCAACUGUAUUGUGAUAAGUGUAAAAUGCCACGAACUGCUGUGCCUAGAUACAAGGUCCAUCUCCAGGUUAUUGAUGAUACAGGAUCAAUAACCUUUGUCAUGUUUGAUCGCGUGGUAUUUCAAGUUGUUGGUCUCACAGCUCAGGAUUUGCUCGAUGCUAUGAACAAUGAUCCAAGUUCUCCUUCUUAUCCUAAGGAGCUUGAUAUGUUUGUUAACAAGUGGAUGCUUUUCAAAGUUGAAGUAACUGAUGCCAAUUUUUACCGCAAUUGGCGUGGAUAUAAUGUGAAGAAGGUUACUUCUGAUGAGGACAUUAUUAAACGAUUCACUUCACUUCAUGGAAUAAAUUUGAAUGAUCAUGAUGAUGACACUGAUUUCGAUCAUUUACUGUUUGAAUUAGGAGACAUUGCUCCACUGCCUGCACUAGAUGGAGUGGAGUCAAGCAAUAAGGCAGAUAAUGUGGUGUCUAAUUCUGGACAGACUCCAACCAGCAAGAUGAGUGGCAAACAAAAGGUUGGAAUUGAUGGAUGUGAUGUUACUGCUUCUGGAAGGUCAACUGCUAGGAGGGUUAUUGACCUUGAUCAAGAUGAUGCUGCCUUACUUGACAUGGACAAUCCAUCCACAAGCAAGUUUAUAGGGAAGGGGAUUACUAAUAUUGAUGAAAAUCAGGUUGUAACCACCAAUCAAGACAACCGUCCAUGUGUGAAGAUUCCGGAUGCCAAGUGA